UGACUCUGCAGCUCUUCCUGGUUCUUUCGAACUGAAGACGUUUUUUUUUUUUCUCGUGUUCAAACCAUAAAAACUUGAGCUGAACUAAACUCACUCAGCUGUUUCCACAAAUGUGUUUUUAAUCUGAAACUUUUUAUGUAAAGUGUCGAUAAAGUUUUUAAAUCUGAUGCGUCGAGAUUUUUUAAACUGAAACAAGCAGCGACGACCUGAUUUCAUUUUACAUCAGUUUCAUCAAACAUGAAACAACAACUCUUAGUUUUCACCGUUUUUACCAUUUUAACGGAGGCAGCUGUUUCUCCAGCUGCAGACACAACGGAGGAACAUCACGCAGCGUCUCUCAGGUCGAUGCUGGAUGACUUCGACGUGUUGCCUCUCUCCAGCCUGCAGACUCACUCCGUCCGUCGCCGUGACGUCCAAACUCAGACUCAUGUGGAGAAACUGGUCAGCUUUGAUGCCCUGCAGAGGCAGUUCAAACUCUACCUGAGGACCAAUGACCAGCUGUUCACUGAGGACUUCAGAGCCGUGAUCGUAGACGAGGAUGGACAAGAGCAGAGCUACGCUGUCAACAGACACAACUACUUCACUGGACACGUCAUCGGGGAGGAAAACUCUCGAGUCCAGGCUCAUAUUGACGACCACGAAUUCUCUGCUCACAUCCUGACUGACGAGGCCGAGUACAACAUCGAGCCUCUGUGGAGGUUCACGUCGGCGCCGCCUGAUGGUCGUCUGCUGAUCUACCGCUCAGAGGACAUCAGGAACCUCAGCCGCCUGCACCAGCCUUCAGUCUGCGGCUACAUGACCUCUGACCCCGCCCAACUCCUCCCUGACGGCGUUAAAGCAGCCAUGUUGGAGGAUGGAGAGGAAGAAGAGGAGUCUGUGAUCAGAGGGAAGCGUCAGGUCCACGACCACAGGAAGAACACCUGUCCUCUGCUGCUGGUGGCCGACCAUCGCUUCUUCAAACACAUGGGCCGCAAGGAGGAGAGCACCACCCUCAACUACCUGAUCGAACUGAUUGAUCGAGUGGACGACAUCUACAGGAACACGUCGUGGGACGAAGAGUUCACAGGUUAUGGAGUUCAGAUCCAGCAGAUCAUUAUAGAGAAGGUUCCCACUGAGGUGGAGCCAGGGAAAAGUCACUACAACAUGAAGGGAAGUCCAGCGGAGGAUCGAGACGUCUGGGACGUCAAGAAGCUGCUGGAGCAGUUCAGUGUUGAUAUCGCAGAGAAAGCCUCCAACGUCUGCCUGGCUCACCUCUUCACCUAUCAGGACUUUGACGAAGGCACUCUGGGUCUGGCCUACGUUGCCCCGUCCAAACCGGACAUCCCGGGAGGUCUCUGCUCCAAAGCCUGUCCUCCAUCUGCAAACGAACAAAGAGCGAUCUACCUCAACACAGGUCUAACCAGCACCAAGAACUACGGGAAGACCAUCCUGACUAAGGAAGCAGACCUGGUGACGACUCACGAGCUCGGCCAUAACUUUGGAGCAGAACACGACCCAGACAACAUCCGGGACUGCGCCCCCCGAGAGGACCAAGGAGGGAAGUACGUCAUGUACCCCAUCGCCGUUAGCGGAGACCACGUCAACAACAAGAUGUUCUCCAACUGCAGUAAACGCUCCAUAGUGAAGCGUCUGAGGGCGAAGGCGCCGACCUGCUUCAAGCAGAGGAACAUUAACGUGUGCGGUAACUCUCGGGUGGAGCAGGGGGAGGAGUGUGACCCGGGACUGCUGCACAUCAACUCGGACAGCUGCUGCACCGCCGAGUGCAGGCUGAAAGCUGGAGCUCAGUGCAGUGACAGGAACAGUGCGUGCUGUAAAAACUGCAGGUUUGAGUCUGAAGGUGAAGUCUGUCAGGAGCCCAUCAACGCCACCUGUAAAGGACACUCGUACUGUACAGGAAAAAGCAGCGAGUGUCCUCCGCCGGAAAACGCCUCCGAUAAAACCAUCUGUCUGGACAGCGGAGAGUGUCUUAACGGAGAGUGUGUUCCCUUCUGUCAGGCCGUCUUAAAGCUGCAGCCGUGCGCCUGCAACGAAACCAACUCGUCCUGUAAAGUCUGCUGUCGCAGCAGCAGCGGCGUCUGCGCUCCCUACCAGGACGCAACAGGCAACUUCCUGUUCCUACGUAAAGGCAAACCCUGCACCGUGGGAUUCUGUGACGGAGCGGGGAAGUGUAUGAAGCAGGUUCAGGACGUGGUGGAGCGUCUGUGGGACUUCAUCGAUAAACUGGACAUUAACACGUUCGGGAAGUUCCUGGCUGAUAACAUCGUGGGGUCGGUGGUGGCAUUCUCGCUGCUGUUCUGGGUCCCUUUCAGCAUCCUGGUCCACUGUGUGGACAAGAAACUGGACCAACAGUACGAACAGACGACCAAGUCUCUGUUCUUCCCCAGUAAUGCCGAGCUCCUCAGCAGCCUGGAGUCUGCAUCUGUCCGGAUCUUCAAACCUCCAACCUUCCCCACCAGCACCUCCUCCGCCGGGCUGCGCUUCCAGUCGUCCAGCCCCCAACAGACCAGUACCCCUCCUGUCCCUGGUUCCGCCCCCGACCCCGCCCUCAGCCACCUUCCUCUGGACAGCCCCCGCAUGGCCACCAUCCAGGAGGACCCCAGCUUGGACUCGCACCUGGACGAGGACGCACUGGAGGAGGCGUUCGGGCGGCCAGUGGGGUCAGCUCAGCGCUCCUUCGAGGACCUGACGGAGAAAAGUGUGACGAGUCGCAGCGACAAGGCUCUGAUGUUAAGACUGAAAAGACAACAUCAGAUCGACACCAAAGAGACGCAGUGCUGAGAGGACUCACCUGUCCUCACCUGCAGAGACCAGGACACGCAGCAGGCGGAGUCACUGCUCAGUGUUUUCGUUGUCAGGUCCUCGUGUGACUUUUUUAACCUGCUCUGUCCCACAGCCCGCCGCACUGCGUCCACUUCAGGGUCCGUCCUCACCGUGGGUUUAAAGUCUGUGUCCAUGCUGUCCCUCUGAAGCUGUUACAGUUUGUUUGAUUUUUGGUUCUUACUGACUCUGUGAUCUGCAGCUGAACGUCAUCAGGUGACGAAACAAAGUGAAAACAGGUUUUCUGCCUGAUCUGAUGUCAUACUGUGACAUCAUCACCUGACAGUGACAUCAUUAGCCACCUGUCUUUACUCUACAUUCAUAGAUUUUAUUCCCCAACGCCCCAUUUAAGCUCUUGAGUGCCCCAUACCAGGUAAUUUAAGUUCCCAAAUGACCCACACUUAGUUUAGUUCCCACAUCCCACUCACUUAAGUUCCCAAAUGCCAUGCACUAAUUUUAGUUCUUGAAUGCCCCACACUCAUUUUAUUUCCUAGACACCCCGCACUAAUUCUAGUUCCCAGAUGCCCCACACUCUUGUAUUCCCACAUGUCACACACUUUCACACAAGUUUCCAAUCCCCUGGGGCUAAUUUUAGUUCCCCGACGCCCCACACUCACUUGAGUUCCCAGAUACCCCGUACUAAUUUGAGUUCCCACACUCACAUUAGUUUCAGAACCCGCCCCCUUCAUCAUCUGCUUUCAUGGAGUCUGAUUCUGAAUGAGUCACCUGAUAAAAUAAACGUUGAACCUUCAGGGUUUUUUUUUUUCCAAAAACAAAAACAAAAAGCUUUAAAACAUUCAAAGACCAACAGAGCUGCAAUUUAACAGAGUUCUGCUGUUGUUGUUUUUUAAGUGAAAUGCCAAAGAUUUGACGCCUUCAGCUGCUUUUUAAUGAACAUUUAUUACAGUUACAUUAAAUUUCUGUGUUUUAGACAGUUUAUCUGAAAAUCAACAGCUGUGGUUUUAAAUUCGUGCUGCUGGAGACAGUCUGUUGGAGAAGUAAAAGUACCUCAAAAUUCUACAUUAGUAAAUGUAUUUAUUUACAUUUCAUCACUGUCCACGAGAUACUUUUAUUUUUUAUUUCUGCACUUAAAUCCGACACAUCAGAUGUUUUAAACCAAACGUUACAUUAUUUACAGCAUUUUGAAACCAACAUCUUUCUCAGAGCGAACUCUCGGCUAUUAUUACGCUUUUAUUAAGUGUUGUUUUAUUUUGACGUCUGAAAGUCAAACUGUUGUUUUUAUUUUAUAAAUGACAAUCAGAGCUGUGUGCCUUAUCUUCUUCUGUGGUAUUGAAAAAUGCACUUCAGUCAGUAUUUUUAUACAUUAGAGAUGUGUGUUUAGUGUGUUGUGUACUGUUUGUGUUGUUUACAUUCAGAUGAUCGCGUGCCAUAUUCUGUAAACACGUCUUUGUUACGUUCACUGAGUAUUAAUACGUUUCAAGUCAAACACGUUUGUUUGUUUGUGUGGCUGUGUUUACCCGUCAGUCUGACUGCUGUUUCAAAAUAAAAUGUUUCAGUUUUUACGUGAGAAAAGUUUUCUGAGAACUAAAUUUAUUGUUCAGUAAUUUGUAAGAAUGUUCUGUGAUAUGUUUAAUCAGCCUCACAGAGUACGGAAGACAGAAGAUGCCAAAAUCGAAAAGAAAUAAAUGUAGAAUUUUUUUUUAAAAUUAAAAUGCUAUUAAAUAUGCCAAAAAUAACAAUAAACACAUUUACAUAUUAAUAAAAUAACAAUACACACAAAAGUAAAUGAAUAUAAAUGUUAGUACAAAUGAAAAAAAUAAAGAGGCAAAACAGAAAUAUUAAUUUA